AUGCGUUCUGGUGACUGGUUAGUAGAGGUCAACUCUCGAAAGCAAGCCCAGAACAUACAAAAAUUGAAAGCCCUUGCAACUAUUCCAAUCAGCGUCAGCCCCCAUGCAUCCUUAAAUACCUCUAAAGGAGUAAUCACUUGUGGGGAAAUCUGGAAUCUCUCUGUUGAUUAUAUAAGAAAUGAGUUAAAAUCACAAGGAGUUGUACAUGUCCGGCGAAUUACCAUCAGGCGUGAUGGAGAAAUCAUUGAAACCAAACACCACAUCCUAACAUUUAAAUCUCCAAAAAUACCAGAAUAUAUCUAUGCAGGUUACAUCAAACUACCCGUAAGACCAUAUAUCCCGAACCCACUCAGAUGCUUCAAGUGCCAGCGCUUUGGCCAUUCAAAGACAAACUGCCGUGGUGCACUCACUUGUGCCCGAUGCGCAGAAAAAGGCCACUAUAGCCAGCAGUGUGCCGCAGCUGAAAAAUGCGUGAACUGCGGUGGCGAUCACACGUCCUACUCUCGAUCUUGCUCGCGAUGGCAGCUUGAAAAACAAAUAAUAACUCUCAAAAUCAAAGAAAAUUUAUCCUAUCCUGAAGCUAGGCGUAGGAUUGUAGCUCAAACUCCUACUCCUGGCAUAACAUAUGCUUCCGUUGCACAAAGGUCAUUUUGUGCAAACUGUUCUUGCACAAGCUGUGCUAAAAACAACACGACACCCAAGCAACUCAAAAAAAGUUUCCACUUCAGAUACUGA